UGGCAGCCUUCCUCAGUCCCUGAGAGCCGCCCGAGUCAGAGGGUCGUGUCGCACUGUGCCGCGGAACACCCCUGCCGUACAGCCGUAGCAGUAACUCGCGAUCUCGCGCCGAGUGUGUCGCCUGCCUUCACCAGCCGCCUCUUUUGGAUUACCACUGUUGGAUUACCCGCCUCACCACUUGGAUUAAAUGCCUUCUCAUCAUCGCCUGGGAUUACUCGACGUGUGUGUGCAGUGAUUUUUGUGAAAAAAAGUGACGAUUCCGCCGGUUGUGAGCGGCGAGUGAUUUCAAGUUUCGUGGAUGCUCAUGGGAGUGUUGGAUACCAACAUGCUGACCUCCGGAGCCAAUCAGUACCUGCAGCCGGACUACCUGUCGCCGCUGCCGACCACGCUGGACGCCAAGAAGAGCCCGCUCGCGCUGCUGGCGCAGACGUGCAGCCAGAUCGGCGCCGACACGCCGUCCAAGCCGCUGGCGCAGGACAAGCCCGCCGCCAAGAAGCACGCGUCCUCCAACGGCCGGCCGUCGUCCUCGGGCGGCCACAGCCCGGCCAACAACAAGCGCGCCAGCCCGUCGAGCGCCUCGAGCGCCGCGUGCUCGCCGCCGGCCGCGUCUCCGUCGCAGCCGCAGGGCAAGCUCGCCUUCAAGCCCUACGAGGCCAACGUGCUCUCCAGGCGAGAGGACCGGCCGCCGUCCAAGUCCGGCUCCGAGGCCGCCGCCGAUGACCGGAGCAGCAAGUCGGCGGGCAGCGCGCAGGCCUCGCGCAAGUCGUCCUCGCCGCGCACCACCUCGCCGCCCAGCAGCAAGUCCCUGGCGCCGUCCUCGCAGGCGUCCGCGUCCUCGCCCAGCGCCAGCCCGCUCAUCCGCUCCGGCCUGGAGGUGAUGCAGGGCCACGCCAAGGACCCCAUGGGCGCCUUCAAGGCGGCCGCGGGCAUGGCGGGGCUGGCCGGCCUCACGCCCGCGCAGCUGGCGCAGCUGUGCUGCCCGCCCGGCUACGAGUCGCUGCACCCCGCCUUCCGGCCGCCGCUCGCCGGCCAGUCGCCCUUCAGCCACCAGCACGCGGCCGCGCUCCUGGCCGCCGGCUACCACAACAACCCCUACUUCUCGUACCAGCGCGUCAAGUCGGGCACCGGCGUGGAGACCAUCGUGCCCAUCUGCAAGGACCCGUUCUGCCAGGGCUGCCAGUACAGCAUGCACAACACGAUGCUGAGCCUGGGCGCGCCUUGCCCGCCCGGCUGCAGCACCUGCGACCACCACAAGUACUCGCUGUCGUCGGCGCUGUACCCGCCCGCGGCCGCAGCCGCCGCGGCGGCCGCCAUGCAGGGCCGCCCCUACGUGUGCAGCUGGAUCGCGGGCGACUCCUACUGCGGCAAGCGCUUCGGCUCCUCCGACGAGCUCCUGCAGCACCUGCGCUCCCACACGGGGCCCUCGGGCCUGCCCGCCGGCCUGCCCGGCCACGGCCCCAGCCCCGGCCACGGCCCCAGCGGGCUGCCCUCGCCCAACGCCUACUCCCGCUACCACCCCUACGCCAAGCCCGGCGGCGCGGGCGCCUCGCCCACCGGCCUCCUGCCGCCCUCGGCCGCCUCGCCCUACGCCGCCUUCAGCCCGCCGGGGCUCUCCAUGUCGCCCGGGCUGUCCGGGAUGGCGCUGUCGCCCUACUACUCGCCCUACGCGCUGUACGGCCAGCGGGCCGCCGUGCACCCCUGACUGGAGGACGGCGCGACCAGCAACCAAAGUUACCCCCUGCCCAGGCCCUGAGCGUGACCUGGCGCAGGGCGUGCGCGGGCCCCGCGGGGCCGCCUCGACUGUGAUACCUCUGUGUUAGUGUGUGUCUAGUGACUGCAUCACUACCACCCCUCUGUCUGUGUUAGUGUGUGUCUAGUGACAGCAUCACUAUCACCCCUCUGUCUGUGUUAGUGUGCGUCUAGUGACGGCUGGACUGAGCGCGCGUGCGCACAUCAUCAUUAUCACCAUCAUCAUCCAGUCUCUUCGUAAAUUUUCUCCGCUCGCGAAUUAGCAUAGCUCAAUGUAACGCGGCGGCCAUCUUGAAGUGCCAGUGAGUGUUCUGAGUGUUGGUUUCGCCUUUAAUAGCCUGUUUUAUUAUUAUUUAUAUCGCCCGCUCGGAAUGGGAGCGUCCGCUUGACAGCGGUUAUAAAUUACAAUGUCUCUGUAAUUUAUACUCCAGUACUCCUCCCUCCCCCCCUGCGCCAGGCUCGCUUCGGCCAGGCCCUGUUAUACUGCUCGCCCGGCCCCCGUAUAUCCAUUUUUUCCACACACUCGUGGGGGGGGGGGAGGAGCUUGCUGCCGCAGUCACUCGUAAAUUAUCUCGCGAGGGCUGCAAUAAAAACUAAUGUUAACUUAUUCCUGUUUUAUGAUGUACAUUUGCAACGAAACGCCGUGCUCUUGAUAAUUCACGUGCUAAAGCAAUGGCGGAGCCGCUCGGUAGCCUCAUAGCCGUCUACUCGUGCGUGAGAGAAUAUGUGACGUUAAUGCUCGUGAGCUGUUGUUAGUGUUUGUCGUUGUUCAAUUGUUGCUAUGCUGCUGCGAUUUUUUUUUUUGAAAUUCUUUUGUGUUCUUGAAGUUGUCUGGAGUAAAAGAGAAAGCCAAUAUGAAUUGAUGUACUGUUGAACCUAGAAAAUAUUAAGUUAUGUUAUCACUGUUAGUUUUAAAGAAAAUAUCAGGACGAGAGAAAGCGAUAAAUCCAAAAAAGACUUCUAUCGAAUGGGAGAGAGUGAGAUUGUCCUAUUUACGUACGUAUGUGUGCGCGCAUGUACAUAUAAUGUUGUUUCCACAUACAAUACUUGAAUAAAAAGUAUACGUUGUUUCUACCCAUGAA